UUUAGUUGACUUUCAGACGGGCUUUCAAAUGCAACUAUUACACGGCUUGUUUUCUAUGCUACCGCUGCUGCUGUUUUUGCUGCUGGCCACUUCCGUUGUGGAUGUGAAUGCGGCCAGUUUACAGGAUGCCGAAUGUGGCAGCCUAAACGAGGAGCAGCUGCUGAGACAAACUGACUUUGCGGUGCCCACCGAGCAUCAAUGGCUGGCGCGCAUCACUUACGAGAAUGGACACGAGGAGAAGCUGCCCAAUGACGGCUGCCUGGGUGUGCUCAUCUCGAAGCGCAAUGUGCUCGCUCCUGCCCACUGUUUUGUGCAGUACGAUGGCCAGGCGGAUGCCUAUUCGGUGCAGUUGGGUGUGUGGAACAAGAGCUCGAAUGCGCACGAAGUGGUCUGCGACAAGGAUGGCUAUUGUGUGCUGCCCGCCCAGGAUAUACAGCUCAGCGAGAUUGCCAUACAUCCCGAGUACGAUCCGCUAACAUUGAAGAACAGUUUGGCUGUGCUGCGAUUGCAACGUGAUGCCAAAUUUUCGCACAAUGUGAUGCCCAUUUGCAUGCCACCGCUGAGUUUGACGAAUGAGACAUUGGUCGGAGAAAUGUUUGUGGUUGCUGGGCUGCCCAUUAAGGACAUGUUCAAGCAUAAGACCUGGGUGAAUACCAUCAGUCGUCCGUAUUGCCAGAAGACGCACAAUUCAUUGAUUACCAGUAGCACAACCAUUUGUGGCUAUCAGGAUCGCAUGAAAACCUAUUACCAAGGAGCGCCUUUGGUGGGCAUUCAAGUGCAAUCGGAUGUGCCGCAGAAUUUCUACUUGGUUGGACUGUUGAUGGACUCGAAGGAAGUGGCGAAAAAGGAAAGAAUUGUCUCCAGUUUCUUGGAUAUCCGUCCGUACUUGAGUUUCAUCAACCGCAAUGCUGAGGGCUUAAUUGUGAAAAGUUAAGGAUGAAGCUGAGUGUUUGGGGCGCUGUUGAAUAAAACAGCAACAACAGCUGCCAACAGGUCGGUUGUGUGUUAAUUAUUCAGUCAUCACACUUGGGGCUUGAAUUUACUUUAGUUUAAGUUAACUUGAAUUGUAAUUUUUUUGCUUCUGUAUUUUGUUCGUGCUCAUGCAAAAUGCAAAUUGUUUAUAUGCUAUUAAUAGCUAAUGUGAGAAAUAUGGAAAAUACCAGCUGUUCUUUUUUCUCCAACA